AUGGCGUGUCUCGCCACUCCAAAGGAGUUGGCCUGCGUCACCCUCUACGUGGCCGCCGCGCACGCGAGGGAGUCGCGAUGGCUUGAGCGCUGUGGACCUCUGGCAGGACUGCUGAUCUUCGCGCUGAGCUGCGCCCUCGCGAGCUGGGCCCCAGCCAGCCAGAUGGCCAUCGAGUACGGCCGCGGCUCCGGCACGCUGGUGGGCCGGCUGGCCAGGUUGCUGGGGCUGGCCUUCGGGGUGGUGCAGGCCUGCGGCCUUGCCUGGGCGCUUCGGGGCCCCUUCUCGCGCCAGCUCCACUUGCGCUGGCUGGCCAGGUGGGCCCUCGGCACACGGGGGGGGGGCCGGGGGACCUGUUCAACGUGA